CUCAACCCCCUUCUCGAGUCCUACUGUACAUCCACCGAUCCCCACCCUCCAAGCCACCAUCACCGAGCCAUCCACCAAACAAUGGCCACUUCCCACCCCAAACUCGAAUACACAUCCUACCAAACCCCCGAGUUCCUAGCCAACUACUACAUCGCCGAGAAGCUCACCGGGCCCUUCGCCACAUCCGUGAUCGAACACGCCCGGAUCGCGGAGCGAGCACGAUCCGGGCCUCCCCGCGCGAUCCUCGAUACCGCCUGCGGCCUGGGGAUCGUCUCCAGCACGCUGAAUCGCACCCUCGAUGACGAGAGCAAGCGUCGCUGGAGCCUGACAUGCGGCGAUCUGAGCGAGACGAUGAUCGAGGCCACCCGGCAGCGCAUUGAGCGCGAGAAGUGGCCGAAUGCGGACGCGAAGGUGGUGAAUGCGCAGAGCACCGGCUAUCCGGACGAGAGGUUUACCGAUAUAUACGCGGCUUUCGCCUUCACCCUAUUUCCGGAUCCAGAGGCUGCGAUGAAUGAAUGCUAUAGGAUCCUGAAGCCGGGGGGAACGCUGGCGGCGACGACCUGGAAAUACGCGACCUGGAUGUCUCUCCUCCGAACCGCUGUCACUGGAAUGUCGGAGGGUCUGAGCUUCCCAACCAUAGAGGAGUUCCUGGCUAUGCAUAACGUUGGCUGGGAUUCGGAAUCGUUCGUAAGGUCACAAUUUGAGAAGUCAGGAUUCAAAGAGGUUCGAGUAACCUCUGUGACGGAACAGGUUGAGGUUCCAAUCUCUGAAUUUCUGCAGCUCUCACGGAGUAUGCUGAGUUUGGUGAUGGAAAAGUGGUGGACUCGGGAACAGCGAGAGCGGUAUCAAGCGGAAGCGCCAUUGGCGGUGCAGCGGUAUCUGGAAGAGAAAUUCGGGGUAGAUGGGCUAGUAGAUAUGGAGUUGUCGGCUAUUGUUGCGGUGGGAAGUAAGUGAGUAGGAUUGAG